AUGAUUGAAAGGCAUGGUUGUAUGGAUACCAUAACUAGCGCCACGCGGGGACCUCAACUCAUUGAUUGUCGAUCGCUGGGAACUUUGGCUUCAGCAAGGGUCUCGGAACCACCAUCUGGUAAAUUUCGGGUAAUUGCGGGGGUCUUUGAUGAGGAAGUAUGGGUUCGAACGGGAAAGAUUUACUUGAUAGAUGCACACCAAGUGCACGUUGUUAUCGCCGCUAAGCUACGCCACCCAUGGGGACUGGGGUGA